AGUGCAAAAUUCAUUUCACCUCAGGUGCAUGGCAUCCAACGGACACAUCAUGCUCGGAAGAUUAUAUAAGGAAUAGCAUGAGCGACUCACUCUUUCACUCCUCAAUGCUUUCUAAUCGCUGAUUAAACUUUAAACCCUAGGAUUUCAAGGGGUACACUUGUGAUGGCUUCAAAACGUAUUACUAAGGAGUUGAAGGAUUUGCAAAAGGACCCUCCUGUAUCUUGCAGUGCAGGCCCUGUUGGUGAUGACAUGUUUCAUUGGCAAGCUACAAUUAUGGGUCCAACCGAUAGCCCUUAUGCUGGUGGUGUAUUUCUGGUGACCAUUCACUUUCCGCCGGAUUAUCCAUUUAAACCACCAAAGGUUUCCUUCCGAACCAAGGUAUUUCACCCUAACAUAAACAGCAAUGGAAGUAUCUGUCUAGACAUUUUGAAAGAGCAAUGGAGUCCUGCUCUCACAGUCUCCAAGGUUCUACUAUCAAUUUGCUCCCUGUUGACAGAUCCAAAUCCGGACGACCCGUUGGUGCCUGAUAUUGCUCACAUGUACAAGAAGGACAGGCCCAAGUACGAGAGUACUGCUCGUUCUUGGACUCAAAAAUACGCCAUGAGCUAGAAGAUAUGCUUAUGGUUCUGGUGAGUGGUGACAACAUAUGUGCAAAAAUAGUUGUUUGGGGAUGUCAGUACAUGUACAUAUAUAGUGCAUUUUGUCUUUUAUUUUAUAUAAUAAUUGAAACUCGGGAUUUUUUUAGACUUGAAGAAGGCUUAUAUCAUAUUAGUAUUGGUUUUGACUUGUUUA